AUGAAAAUUGAUAUUCAUAGCCACAUUCUACCCAAGGAAUGGCCUGACCUAAAAAAGAGAUACGGAUAUGGUGGCUGGGUACAGCUGGAUCAUCACUGCAAGGGACAGGCAAAGAUGAUUAAGGAUGGAAAGGUUUUUAGAGUUAUUCAAGAGAACUGCUGGGACCCAGAAGUACGGAUUAAAGAAAUGGACCUAUCAGGAGUCACAGCCCAAGUCCUUUCCACCGUCCCUGUAAUGUUCAGCUACUGGGCCAAACCUCAAGAUACUUUAGAUCUAGCCCAGAUAUUAAAUAAUGACUUAGCUGCUACAGUAAAAAAGUACCCCAAGAGGUUUAUCGGCUUGGGUACGUUACCUUUGCAAGCUCCAGACCUGGCUGUGAAGGAAAUGCAUCGCUGCGUGAAAGAACUGGGAUUUCCUGGAGUACAAAUAGGAUCUCAUGUUAAUGAAUGGGACCUGAAUGCACCAGAACUGUAUGAGAUUUAUGCUGCUGCUGAAAAAUUAAAUUGCUGUCUCUUUGUGCAUCCCUGGGACAUGCAGAUAGAUGGAAGGAUGUCCAAAUAUUGGUUUCCCUGGCUAAUAGGCAUGCCAGCAGAAACAACCAUAGCCAUUUGCUCCAUGAUUAUGGGAGGAAUUUUUGAAAAAUUUCCUAAGCUGAAAGUUUGCUUUGCACAUGGAGGUGGAGCUUUUCCAUACACAGUGGGGCGAAUCUCCCACGGAUUCAACAUGCGCCCUGAUUUGUGCGCGGUGGAUAAUAAGGUGGAUCCAAGAAAAUACCUUGGUUCAUUUUACACAGACUCUCUUGUCCAUGAUCGUGGUGCACUAAGGCUGCUAACAAGUGUAAUCGGAGAGGACAAAGUUAUUUUGGGGACAGAUUACCCUUUUCCACUUGGGGAACUGGAACCUGGAAAGUUGAUUGAUUCGAUGGAAGAUUUUGACAAUAAACUGAAGGAUAAACUCAAGGCUGGCAAUGCUCUGGAAUUUUUGGGUCUUAGCAGAAAACAAUUUGAAUAAUUAUGAAGAUAUUAAAGAGACCAAACUUCAGAAAUAAUGCUGAAUCCUUAGGGAUACUUCUAUUUGCAUGUGCAAUUAUACAGAUGAAAAAUAAAUUUGACAAGUAUAU